UUUAUCAUUCUCGAUAUAAAAACAUUUAUUAUGAAGAAGGGCGAGAGCGAUCACGUCUAACAGCCUGUCAGACCAAUCAGGCAUUUUCUAGGGCGGCUCCACCGGCGAGGACCCCAACUUCCUGUUGGAGACCUCGGCCCCUCGGUUUAGAGAUUUCUUCAGACAUGAAACCUCGAGUUGUGACCUAUAUAGACCGAAAGCUAAAAAGGCGCAUUGUGCAGUAUCUGAGCAGUAAUGAAUGUGGAAAAUAUGUGGACAUUGGUGCCUUAGCAUCCAAUUUGCAAGAGAUGUACAGUGUAGACUAUGGCCGGAGGAAGAGAAAUGCUUUUAGAAUUCAGGUGGAAAAAGUUUUUAACAUAAUCAGGAGAGAGAAAGAACUUGAAGACCUACCUGAGUUAGAAGAUGAGCACCGGGCAAAAAGAGCAAGACAAAGUCAAGAGUUUAAUGAAUAUAUAGGAAACAAAACAGAUGAUGAUGAUUCAGAUGUGGAUGAUUUCCCAGAUCAACAGUCUGCAAAUCACAUGAACAACUCUCUGCUGUCUUUGUACCGGAAAGGAAAUCCUGACAUUUUACCAGAAAGUCCUGCAAUUGAACAAGAAAAAAAUAGUCUCUCUGUGCCAAAGAAUGCCUUCCCUUUGAUAGCAUCAGCUUUUACCAGGGUUUCUGAAGGUGGAUGGUUUAUUGACAAAAAUCCAAUUGGAAAAAAAGAGAAUGCUUUUUUAGACCUUUCAGAUGAGCAAAUUAACAAUAAGAAGCCAAUUUUUGAGGAUCCAAAAGAUAAUUCUUUUCCAGUGGACGAAGGAAAAAGAAAAAACAGAUUUAAGAAAGCCAAGAAGAAAACUGAGGAUCUUCAGAAAGUAGACAGAGAGAUAAAAGAUGUUUUGCAAAAAAAAGCCAGACUUCAAUCAUUGGAGCUGCAGAUUCCACCUGUGAGGUUCGAAGAUGUUGGGGGCAAUGAUAUGACCCUGAAGGAAAUAUGCAAGAUGCUUAUCCAUAUGCGUCACCCUGAAGUAUAUCGUUACCUUGGUGUAGUACCACCUAGAGGAUUUCUUUUACAUGGACCUCCAGGUUGUGGAAAAACAUUACUUGCACAAGCAAUUGCUGGGGAACUUGAGCUGCCAAUUCUUAAAGUAGCUGCUACCGAGAUUGUGUCUGGAUUGUCAGGGGAAUCUGAACAGCAGCUGAGAGCACUCUUUGAACAGGCUGUGUCAAAUGCACCUUGCAUCCUUUUUAUUGAUGAAAUUGAUGCUAUCACUCCCAAAAGAGAAGUUGCUUCAAAAGACAUGGAACGGAGAAUUGUGGCCCAGCUCCUAGUCUGCAUGGAUGACCUGAAUAAUCUGGCUGAUACAGCUCAAGUCCUAGUCAUUGGAGCUACCAAUAGACCAGACUCACUGGACCCAGCAUUGAGACGAGCAGGAAGGUUUGACAGAGAAAUUUGUUUGGGUAUUCCAGAUGAAGCAUCCAGAGAAAGAAUUCUUCGGACUUUGUGUAGAAAGAUGAAGCUACCGGAGACUUUUGAUUUUCAUCACUUAGCCCACCUGACACCAGGCUAUGUUGGUGCUGAUCUAAUGGCACUACGCCAGGAGGCAGUCAACUGUGCCAUUGACAGGAUCCUGUUAAAGCUGAACAUGCCAAAGCAUAAAAAUAGUCCAUCUGAAGGUGUGACAAGUGAGGGAAGCCUGGGAGAGCUGAUGGAAACAGAAGAUGGUUCGAAACCACAAGACCUUUCUGUAAAGAAUGAAUUGCUGAGGCUACUAGAGUUGUUAAAGGACCAAAAUUCCAUCCCAGAAGAACAUCUGAAAAUGCUGUGCAUAGAAAUGAAUGAUUUCAUUGUUGCUCUGUCCAAAGUACAGCCUUCUGCUAAAAGAGAAGGCUUUGUCACUGUUCCUAAUGUUACAUGGUCAGAUAUUGGAGCCCUGGAAGAUAUUCGAGAAGAGCUCACCAUGGCAAUAUUGGCCCCAUUGCAUUAUCCAGAGCAGGUUAAAGCUCUUGGAUUGAUGACUCCAGCUGGUAUUCUUCUUGCUGGGCCACCUGGCUGUGGCAAGACGCUUCUGGCAAAGGCUGUUGCAAAUGAAUGUGGGCUGAAUUUCAUUUCUGUGAAGGGCCCUGAAUUGUUAAAUAUGUAUGUUGGACAGAGUGAGUCAGCUGUGCGACAGGUUUUCCAGCGUGCCAGAAAUUCAGCUCCAUGUGUUAUCUUCUUUGAUGAAUUGGAUGGAUUAUGCCCUCAAAGAGCUAAAGUGGAGUCAGCUGUCAGUGACCGGGUAGUGAGUCAACUUCUUACAGAAAUGGAUGGAGUAGAAUCACGGCAGCAGGUUUACAUCCUGGCAGCCACCAACAGACCAGAUUCUAUUGACCGGGCCAUCUUGCGGCCUGGCCGGCUAGAUAAAACCCUUUUUGUGGGCCUGCCAUCUCCUGCCGAUCGUUUUGCCAUUUUGAAAACUAUCACCAAGAAUGGAACCACACCUCCUUUAGAUGUUUCUGUUAGCCUAGAGGCCAUUGCUUAUGACUCUCGAUGUGAUUACUUUUCAGGUGCUGACCUCUAUCUUUUGAUACGAGAAGCUUCCAUUUGUGUCCUAAGACAGGAAAUGGCAACUCACAAGAGUGGUAACAAAAAAGGAGAAGUCAAGGUUAGCCAGGAGCACUUUGAAGAAGCUUUUAAGAAAGUGAAACCUUCUACAUCAAAAGAGGAUCAAAUGAUGUAUGAAAAACUUCGGCAAUCCCUCAGCUGAUUGUGUCACUCACACUCUGUGUGUUGUUCUGUGGAAGAAGAAUGUCUUGCUUUCAUAUAAUAUUUUGGUAUGGCAAAGAAGACCUUUGACAAUUUGCCUUUUCAAGAUGGCCCUGAUUUGGCAGUGGUUUCAAAUGUGAGUUGCCUAAUAACAAAUGGUAAACAUUAACAACUGCUGAAGAUCCCCUCAGUUUCUCUGGUGCAGCAAAAGUCAAACAUUUCACCUUUUAAGAAAGUAAAAGAACAAAAAUGAAAUAAAUUAUACGUUUCUGCUUUGUUUCUUCAA